AUGCCACUAACAACGCAAGAAAAACCGUACGUAGUGAUUACCGAGCAACCACAAUCCAAAGCACUUCGGUUUCGGUAUGAAUGUGAAGGCCGCUCAGCUGGCUCAAUUCCGGGUGUACGCACCACACCGGAACAGAAAACAUUUCCCAGCAUCGAGGUUCGUGGAUACAAAGGAAGAGCUUUGGCAGUAGUAUCUUGCGUCACAAAGGAUCCUCCAUAUCGACCUCACCCACACAAUCUGGUUGGUAAGGAAGGUUGUAAACAAGGUGUCUGCACCGUUCAGCUUGACAGUAGCACUAUGAGCUACGUUUUUAAUAAUCUCGGAAUUCAGUGUGUGAAGAAAAAAGGAAUCGAAGAUGCGCUUAGGUUGAGAGAGAAUAUUCGGGUUGAUCCAUUCAGAACCGGAUAUGGCCAUGCCAAACAACCUGCCACCAUAGAUUUGAAUGCAGUUAGGCUCUGCUUCCAGGUGUUUGUAGAAGGACAGCAACCUGGUCGAUUCACUGAAGCCCUUCAACCCGUUGUAUCCGACAUUAUUUUCGAUAAGAAAGCCAUGUCGGACUUGGUUAUCUGUAAACUCAGUGAUGUUACUGCACCUGUGACGGGUGGCAAAGAAAUUAUCCUUUUGUGCGAGAAAGUUGCUAAAGAAGAUAUAUCGGUACGUUUCUACGAAGAACAGCAUGGAAAGAUUUUGUGGAUGGACACUGGGGAGUUUCAGCACAACAACGUGCAUAAACAGGUUGCCAUUUGCUUUAGAACACCGCGAUACCGAUCCCUUGAAGUUGAGCAGUCUGUAAUGGUGAACAUUCAGCUCAGAAGACCUUCCGAUGGCGCUACUAGCGAGCCACUGCCAUUCGAACUUGUUCCAGUAGACACGCUGAGCCAAAAACGAAAACGGCAGAAAAUCAGCAGUUGUGAAAUUUCAGAACCUGUGCCGGAAGGAGCUCAUGGUGGUGGUUUUAUGGGCAACAUGAUUAAUAUUCCCGAGGAAACAGUAAAGCAAGAUCAAAGGGAAUCACCACCUCAAUUCCACGGGUUUCAAGGACCAUAUCGCAACCCGAUAGCGCCCCAGGAAAGCGCUUCUCCAUUCAUUGUUGAAAACUGUAUGGCACGAGGAUACCAACCAGGUUCUAGCAACGACUUCUUCAUGGGCGGCCAACAAAUUCAAAAUCAGUAUAGUUAUUCACAGCAGCAGCAACAACAACUCCUGAGAACUCAGCAGCAGUCGCAGUUUCAGCUUCCAUCCACCAGCAGUAAUGUACACUACAAUAUGAACAACCUAAUGGCUGGUGGUCUAUCCAUUGGGGGCGCUCACGGAUCUAACCAACCGAUGGGUAAUGCGGCCGAAUAUAACCUCAGCAAUCUUUUAGACAUUGAUCUUGGUAAAGAGUUUACCAUGAACUCGUCUGAGAUUAAGUCCAUUGUUGGUCACUUAACGAUUACCGACAUAAAGCAGGAGAGCUACCAACAGCGGAUGCAAGACGACGAAGAAAAUCUCUCCAACAGCUUCACCAGACUGACGACGAACCCGUUGAAUGAUUUGGGCAAGUAG